AUGAGGAUCGAAACCUGCCAUCUGUGCUCCCGUCCCGUCUACCCUUCCAAGGGAAUAACCUUCGUCCGCAACGACGCUAAAGUCUUCCGCUUCUGCCGGUCGAAAUGCCACAAGAACUUCAAGAUGAAGCGUCAACCUCGCAAACUGAAGUGGACGAAGACACACCGCGCCCUCCGUGGGAAAGAAAUGAUCGUCGAUCAAAACCUGUUGCUCUCACAAUUUGCGAAGAGGCGCAAUGUGCCCGUGAAGUAUGACCGGAAUCUGGUCCAGGCGACCCUGAAGGCCAUGGAGAGAAUUGAGGAGAUCAGGGCACGGAGGGAAAGAGUAUAUGCCAGGAGGAGAUUGAGCGGCAAGGCACAGAGAGAUGCACGACGCAGACAGGAUCUCAAGGUUGUGGCCCAGGGUGAGCACUUGAUUAAGAAGGAGUUGGCCGACCUGGAGGCUGCGAGAGCGGAGAUGGAGCCGAUGGUCGAACAGGUCAAGAGGGAGAUGGAGGCCAGCAGAGUGGUUGGAGAGGAGAGGCUCAGGCAAAAGAGGAAGAGGAAGAUGCUUGUGGGUGGAGGCACGGACGGAGAGAUGGAUUUGGAUUGA